CAGGUGCUGCCCUCGGUGCCCGGAGGAGCCCUGCUGCAGGUGCUGCCCUCGGUGCCCGGAGGAGCCGGUGCUGCAGGUGCUGCCCUCGGUGCCCGGAGGAGCCGGUGCUGCAGGUGCUGCCUGCGCCAUGGAGCGACCGUCGGACCCACUGCGCGGGGCGCUGCGGUUCAGCUUCUCCCCUGCCAGCCGGACCAGCCUGCUCCUGCUCCGGCUUGACGCCGCCGCGCUGCGGGCGCUGCAGGGAGGCCGACGGGGACAGGUCCGGCCUGUGAUCGCCUUCCAGGGCCCCCGAGGGUACCUGAGGCUCGCAGGCCCUGGCUGGUCCUGCCUGUUCUCCUUCGUAGUGUCCCAGUGUGGCCAGGAUGGUGCUGGCGGUGAGUUGGACCUCGUGUGCCAACGCGUAGACAGAUCCGGUGCUCAACGCCUUCACUGCCUCGGCCCACUCAGGGAGCGCCUCACUAUUUGGGCAGCCACGGAUUCCAUCCCAGCCCCAUCCUCAGCCCAGGGACACUACGUGACUGAAGAAGGCGGGGAUCCCCAAGCUUGGCGGAACACGGGAGAUGAUUCUGAAAGAGAUGUGCUGUUGUCACAGCCACAGACAGCACUGGAAGAGGUGUCAGAUCCACUGGCCAGCAACCAAGGACAGCUACUCCCAGGAUCUUUGAGGGAGCAGCCCGCAGAGUGGGAAGUGAGGAAGCAGAACCAUCUUCCAAACAAAGAGCCUGAUCAGGUGCUGCCUUCCUCUGCUGGCCAGAAGCGUCUGGAGAAGAAACGUCUGGCACCAGAAGACACUGAAAAACUAGAAGAGAAGAGACUCAGAAUUCUGUCUCCAGCUCCAAGCCCCCCGCAAGGGCUGUCCAGUCAGGACUUACAGGAAGACUGGGAACAAGAAGAUAAAGAUGAAAGUAUAGGCCCCAGGCUGGAGCACAGUCCCUCAGCGCAAGCAGACUCUGAAUCCCCAAACCCCGAAGAGGUGCCAGAUUACCUCCUGCAAUACAAGACGAUCCACAGUACCGAGCAGCAGCGGGCCUACGAACAAGACUUCGAGGCAGAUUAUGCUGAGUACCGCAUCCUCCAUGCCCGGGUUGGGGCUGCCAGCCAAAGGUUCAUUGAGCUGGGAGCAGAGAUCAAGAGAGCUCAACCAGGAACUCCAGAACACAAGGUGCUGGAAGAUAAAAUAGUCCAGGAGUAUAAAAAGUUCAGAAAGCGAUACCCAGGUUACAAGGAAGAAAAGCAUCGCUGUGAAUACCUGCAUCAGAAAUUGUCCCACAUAAAAAGUCUUAUCCUGGAGUCUGAGGGAAAGAACUGGGGCAGCUGAGGCUGUCAAGGCCUCUUGAACCUCUGUUUGGUGAGAUAGGAACCACGAAGCUAUAAAACUAGAGUGCAACUAUCUGCUGUUCUUAGGCGGGGAGUUCAGAGGCAAGUAGAAAGCUGCUCUAGGUUCUUGAGGUGUGAUAUUCUUGCUGUUUUUUUUAGUGUGGGCACAGUGCCAAGGCUCCUCAGAUGUGUCCAGAUGAGGGAUUGUAGCAGACUUGGUUGUUUCACCAUUAGUUCAGCCAAAUCAUUUUAAAUCCUGGGAAAUGACAUUAUUUCCAGGUUAAGAUACCUUGAGGGUAUCAAUGAACUAAGUGAAUUUAGCUUAGUAUCUUGGGGGAGGGGAUUUUUAUUAAAUCAAAAGGAACUUGUAGCCGGGUGUGGUGGUGCAUGCCUGUAACCCCAACACUUGGGAGGCUGAGGCAGGAGGAUCACUGAGUUGGAGGCCAGCCUGGACUACUUAGUGGGUUUAAGGCUAGCCUGCACUACAAAGUGAGACGGUGUCUCAAAAAGAUAAAAAACCAAGAAACAAAACCUUAUAGCAUACCUGUAUACAAUGGGAAAGGGCUCAGGUGGUUACCCAUGUACUGUACUAAAGGUAGAUUCUUUUACGAACAUAGCAAAGUAAAACUGCUUUUGUGUCUUUUGUACAAGUUUAUUUUCCUUAAAUCCUCUAAGGCAUUGGUUCUUAACCCUGGCAGCUGUACAUGUGAACUAUUCCUGGAGCUCUAGAAAAAAUAUCUCCAGCCUGGAUGUUAUGAAUUAGUCUUUAAAAUUAUGGCAUACACCUUUUGUUCUUUUGCAUAGUAGUGAGGACAGGAUGCCACAUGGAGGCCAGGCAAGCAGUAUGACACAGCCCCAACCGUUUUUUGUCUUUUUUUCGGUACCGGGGAUCGAACUCACGACUGCCUGCUUGCAAGGCAGGCACUUAUGCCGCUGAGCUAAAUCCCCAGCCUCCACUUUUGUUUUUUUGAGAUGUUCUCAGUCUGCAGUCCAAGCUGGCCUUGAAUUUGCAAUCCUCCUGCCCCAGUGCCACCAUGCCUGGUUUACCUUAAUUUUUUUAAACCGUUACUCAUAAUCCUUAUGGGAUUUGCUUUUUAAUGUAAUAUUGUGGAUUUUACCCAGGGCUUUUGUACUGAGCUACAUCUACUUUUUUUUUUUUUAAACUUUUUAUCGGUACCAGGGAUCAAACUCACAACCGCCUGCUUGCAAGGCAGGCGCUUAUGCCGCUGAGCUAAAUCCCCAGCCCCGAAACUUGCAACCUUUUCACCUCAGCCUCCCAGGCUGUGGGGGUUACAUGGGUGUUCCAUGAUGCCUGGCUCCAGUCCACCUUAUAAUUGAUGACUAGUGAUCACAGUAGGAAGAAAGUUCUUUCUGACCCUAAGAGUUUAUAAUUACUUAAAAUUAGGGCCAUCUGGAAUUAUCCACUGGCUGAAAACUAUGGACAGGACCUGGAUUUAACUAUGAACAGGAAAUGGCUUAGUACAUUUUGAUAAAAGGAGAUUCCAGUCUUGUCUUUGUUCACUGUUGGAAAAAGAAAGAUACUUUAGGAGAGGGAAUGGAUCACACCCUGGGCUCUGGGAGAGGGUUGCACCCAACAGGUCAGCAAUUCCUCAAACAACUUGGAUGGAACCCCAAACUGAUGCCACACCUGUGUGAAUAUUUCUGGGCAAAGCAGUACUUUAGAGGUGUAAAUAUGCAGAGCGCCUAGCUGUACAGCAAGGGUAAGCAGGCCAGAAACAGCCCCGAAGGCCAGGCCUUCAUCUCUUUAACCACUAGCCUAGAAGCCUGGGCAGUACGUGUGCUAAAGGAUAUAAAGGGAUGAGAAAUUCAAAAGGAUUGAGAGAUAAUUACAAGUAUGGAGUGUUAGGGUACUCUAUACCUGUAGCUAUAAAACAGUAUGGUAGCUGUUAUGUGGUCUUUUGGAUAGUACUGGGGUCAUCCCCAGGGCCUUUGCACAAACUACUGUCCCAGCCACCCCACGUCACACAGUUUUCAGGGUCUUUCUGCCUCAGCCUCCCAAGAGUGCUGGAUCAGGUGGCUUUUAAAAUGCAAAUUAAAAGGCAGUUCCUAGCCAUAUUUUAUUGUUUUGGGGUUUUUUUUUGAGACAAGGUCUUAUGUAGUGAAUGACCUCAUUCAGUACUCAUCCUGCCUCUCAGCCUCCUGAGUGCUAAGAUUAUAGGCAUGCACUGCCACACUUGGAUUUCUAGCCAUAUUUUAGAUGCUCCACAGCUCCUUAUAGAUGCAUUACAUGUAUUACUGACAUUUCCAUCACUGCAGCUACUGGUGACAGUCUAGAGACUGUGGUUUUUGUAUUCCAUGGAAAAGACAGUUUAAAGGGGGCUCAUUUAUUGUCACUGUUCCAAAUGUACAAAAAAAAAAAAUUAGAAAAUAACCCCCCAGCUCAAUUCCCCCCACCCCCACAACACAAAUAAUUUUCCCAAAACCACAAACAUAAA